AGCAUAAAAGCUCACUCAACACUUAAACGCCUCGAAUUCUCUCUACCAUAUAAAAAUCUCGGUGAGGUCGGCGGAGAGACUAUGGCGGGACAGUCGCGGAAAUGGAUGAUUCUUGUGGCGACGAUAUGGAUUCAAGCAUUUACGGGGACGAACUUCGAUUUCUCAGCUUACUCCUCAGAUUUGAAAUCGGUUUUGGAGAUAUCGCAGGUGCAGCUUAACUACCUAGCCGUCGCUUCCGAUCUUGGGAAGGUGUUCGGGUGGUCGUCGGGGCUUGCGUUGAUGUAUUUCCCGCUUUGGACGGUGCUUUUCACGGCGGCGUUCAUGGGGUUCGUCGGUUAUGGAGUCCAGUGGCUGGUCAUAACUAACUUCGUCUCUUUGCCUUAUAUUAUGGUGUUUCUCUGUUGCUUACUUGCUGGUUUAAGCAUAUGUUGGUUCAACACAGUCUGCUUUGUGCUCUGCAUUAGUAACUUCCCUGCAAACAGAUCACUUGCUCUUUCCCUCACAGUAAGCUUCAACGGUGUAAGCGCAGCUUUAUACACUCUCGCUUACAACGCAAUCAACCCAGCCUCUCCAGAGCUAUACCUUCUCUUAAACGCUCUUAUACCUCUCGUUAUCUCUUUCACUGCCAUCAUUCCUAUUCUUCGCCAACCACCUUUUGAGCCACUCCCACCAGAUGGAGUUCGCCGUGACUCCCUCAUGUUUCUCCUGCUCAACAUUCUUGCCGCUUUGAACGGCGUUUACCUCCUCCUCUUUGAGUCAAACUCCUCUGACGUAACCUCUGCUCGUCUCCUCUUUGGUGGAGCUAUCAUUCUCUUGAUCCUCCCUUUAUGUAUCCCCGGUUUGGUCAUCGCCCGUAACUGGUAUCUUCCCACGAUCCACGCUAGCUUCCGUCUCGAAGGUUCUGGUUUCAUUCUUGUUGAUCCUGAUGAGCUUGAGUUGCAUAAAGGGAUGCUUGCACAUGAAGCUAACCGAGAAAGCUACGAAGAUGUUGUGCAAAACCAUGUUAAGACUAUAGCUUCGGAGGAAGGUGAUGCUGAUGAGUUGCUUAUCACAAGAGGCCAGCUUGAGGUUUUGGGAACUGAACAUUCUUUGAAGCAGCUCUUAUGCAGAGCUGACUUCUGGUUAUACUAUAUAGCGUACUUCUGCGGUGGAACCAUCGGUCUUGUGUACAGCAACAACUUCGGACAGAUUGCUCAGUCUUUAGGACAAAGCUCAAACACCACAACUCUUGUCACACUUUACUCCUCCUUCUCGUUCUUUGGAAGGUUGCUGUCUGCAACACCAGACUAUAUCCGAGCCAAGUUUUAUUUUGCAAGAACCGGGUGGUUAGCCAUCGCGCUAUUACCAACACCAAUAGCUCUAUUCUUGCUCGCAUCAUCAGGAACCGCGUCAGCAUUACAAGUGGGGACUGCACUGAUUGGUCUAAGCUCCGGAUUCAUAUUCGCAGCAGCGGUUUCCAUCACAUCAAAGGUUUUUGGACCAAACAGUGUUGGAGUUAACCACAAUAUCUUGAUCACAAACAUACCUAUAGGAUCUUUGAUAUAUGGUUUCUUGGCUGCUUUGGUUUAUGACUCGCAUGGUUCGACCGGGAUCAAAUCGGUGACUGACUCGGUCGUGUGUAUGGGAAGAGGCUGCUAUUAUUUGACGUUUGUGUGGUGGGGAUGCUUGUCGGUACUUGGGCUAGGUUCGAGUCUUGUACUGUUUAUUAGAACCUGAAGAGCUUACCAACGGUUUGAGGAAGCUCGGAUAAGUUCAAACAUUGUUUCAUAGAAGUUUGCAUCAAUCCCCAAUGGCUUGUGUAUAUCAAUCAGUAUAUGUAGGAAGGAUCUAUAUUAUAAGACUAGGGGUUAGCCCGCCCGUAGGGCGGGGUUAAUUACUUUACAUUUACAUUUUUUGUAAAAUUUGGUGCAACUUGAUUUGUAAAAGAUCAUGGUCUUCAUUUUGUCACCAGCUUGUUCCAUAUAACUGUUUUAUUUAUUUGGGAGUUUUGUGUGAUGUAAUGAACCAUGAUAUAUAGAAUUUAUUUUGCAAGUCUA